AUGGUGCUCAAGGCCUUCUUCCCCACGUGCUGCGCCUCGGCCGACAGCGGCCUGCUGGUGGGACGGUGGGUCCCGGAGCAGACCAGCGCUGUGGUCCUGGCUGUGGUGCACUUUCCCUUCAUCCCCAUCCAGGUGAAGGAGCUCCUGGCUCGGGUGCAGCAGGCCAGCCAGGUGGGGGUGGCCGUGCUGGGCACCUGGUGCCACCGCCGGCAGGAUGCCGAGGAGAGCCUGGGCCACUUCCUGGAGGGCCUGGGCGCCAUCUUCUCCCAUGAGCCCUGGCUCCAGCUGUGCCGGGAGAGGGGCAGCAAGUUCUGGAGCUGCAAGGCCACCCGCCGGCAGGCACCUACCUGCCCCGGUGCCCCCGGCGAGGACCAGGUCAUGCUUGUCUUCUAUGACCAGCGCAAGGUGCUGCUGUCCCAGCUGCACCCGCCCGUGGCCCUGCCUGACCACCAGGCUGGCGAUGCCGUGGCCGGUGCUGGGGGCUUGGCUGCUGUCUUUGACACGGUGGCGCGCAGUGAGGAGCUCUUCCGAAGCGACCGGUUCGACGAGGGCCCCGUGCGGUUGAGCCACUGGCAGUCGGAGGGCGUGGAGGCCAGCAUCCUCGCGGAGCUGGCGAAGCGGGCCUCGGGGCCCAUCUGCCUGCUGCUGGGCGGCCUGCUGUCACUUGUCUCAGCUGCCAGCGCCUGCCGGGUGUUCCAGCUGUGGCCCCUGUCCUUUAUCUGGAGCAAGCUCUCCACAUGUGAGCAGCUCAGGCACCGGCUGGAGCAGCUCACGUUUGUCUUCAGCACCCAGAAGGCCGAGAACCCCACCCAGCUGAUGAGAAAGGCCAACGUGCUUGUCUCUGUGUUUCUUGACGUGGCCCUUGGUCUUGCGCUGCUAUCUUGGCUUCACGGGAAGGACCGGAUCGGCCACCUGGCAGAGGCGCUCGUCCCCGUGGCUGAUCACGUGGCCGAGGAGCUCCAGCAUCUCCUGCAGUGGCUGAUGGGAGCACCUGCUGGGCUGAAGAUGAACCGGGCCCUGGACCAGGUCCUCGGCCGCUUCUUCCUAUACCAUCUGCAUCUGUGGAUCAGCUACAUCCACCUCAUGUCCCCCUUCAUCGAGCGCAUCCUGUGGCACGUGGGCCUCUCGGCCUGCCUGGGCCUGACGGUCGCCCUGUCCAUCCUGUCAGACAUCAUCGCUCUCCUCACCUUCCACAUCUACUGCUUCUACGUCUACGGCGCCAGGCUGUACUGCCUGAAGAUCUGUGGCCUGUCCUCGCUCUGGCGUCUGUUCCGGGGGAAGAAGUGGAAUGUUCUGCGCCAGCGGGUGGACUCCUGCUCCUAUGACCUGGACCAGCUGUUCAUCGGGACCUUGCUCUUCACCAUCCUGCUCUUCCUCCUGCCCACCACAGCCCUGUACUACCUGGUGUUCACCCUGCUCCGGCUCCUGGUGGUGGCCGUGCAGGGCCUGAUCCAUGUGCUCGUGGACCUCGUCAACUCCCUGCCGCUGUACUCCCUCGGCCUCCGGCUCUGCCGGCCUUACAGGCUUGCAGCCGGCGUGAAGUUCCGAGUCCUGGAGCAUGAAGCUGAUAGGCCCCUCCGCCUCUUGAUGCAGAUAAACCCCCUGCCCUUCAGUCACGUGACACGCACCUACCGCCUCCCCAGCCGUGGCCGCCACCCCACCCACUCCUGGGGCUCCCUGUGCCGCAAGCUUUUCUUCGGGGAGCUCAUCUACCCCUGGAGGCAGAAAGGGGACAAGCGGGACUGACGGACCCUGGCCACCGGCCCGCCCGGCACCGCCGCACGGCCACAGUCAGCCCUCCAUGCUGCCGGGGACGCUGACCGUCAGGACGGCACGCGUCC